ACUACUGGUCCAAGGCUUACCCCUACCCCAUUAACUACGAACAGGCCUGUGUCCUAUGGGGCGCAAUGAUGAGACAAAUGUUACGCACGGCAAGUUGCGAACUGAAGCCAGAUGACGGGUGUCUCGAGGUGCCACGGGGCAUUUAUUGGUUUGGACAUGCAGAAACGGUCAUUAUGCUGGUUACCAAGCUGGGCCUAUUCAAUGAGUCCGUGCGAACACACCUUGGAGGCGGCCACCAUAUGCGCGCCGCAGAUUUCCAAUCUCGCUUGCGUCGACUGGCGUCUCGCCCGCCAGUGUCUAACCUCUUCCGCACAGCGCACAUCGCUCCUUUCGCUGGCAACAUCGUCUUCCUGCUGCAUCACCGGCCUCGACAUAGUAAGUUGAUAAAUUGGUAA